AUGUUCGAGCAUGUGCCUAAGCACGUGGCCAUAUGCCUCUCAGUGGGCGAGUACGCAGCGCUGACCUGCGCCGGUGUCUUCGACUUUGAGACAGGUCUUCGCCUCAUCAAGGCUCGUGCGGAGGCCAUGGAAUUCGAAGUCUCCGGGGCACGUCCUGGUGCCAAGGCGCAGGGAAUGUGCCUGGUAGUGGGCCUGGACAAGGAUUCGGUGGAGAAGCACUGCAAAGCAAGCUCCAGCAAGGGCGAGAACUGCCAGAUUGCUGCUUGCCUCUUCUCCCGUGCCUUCUCAGUCUCCGGCAGCCUUUCCGCUGUUGAGAGCUUCGUAGAGAAGGCAAAGGCUGCAGGAGCUUUGGACUGCGUCCUUUUGAAGCAAGCAGGUGCCUUUCACUCGAGUGAAAUGGCAGACGUGAGAAAUAUCCUGGUGAAGGAGUUAGAAGCGGUGAAAGGAAAAAUGAUGCCUCCUCGAUGCACGGUGUAUUGUAAUGCCAGCGCUAAAGCUGUCGGACCACAGAGCUCGGUACAGGAGAUUGUGAAGAUGUUGGCCGAGCAGAUGGUCUCACCCGUUUUGUGGGAGCUUUCCAUGCAGCAAGCCAUCAGCGAUGGAUGCACCGAGUUCUAUGAGCUUGGUCCUGGGACACAGCUGAAGGGCAUCAUGAAGCGCAUCGAUGGAAAGAUCGCAGACAAGAUGUCUAACAUCUCCGUCUGA